GAGGCGGAAGAACAAGGAAGAAGGGACUUAUUUUAACCAGAGCAGGUUCAGAACCGUAAGAACGUAAUCCUCUAUAACUGUCAGGUAUCGUGUUCGUGUCGACAUGGAAGAAACACUUUUUCAGCUGAGGUUUACAUCGAAGCAGCUUGAGAGACUGGCCAAGAAGGCAGAAAAAGAAUCCGAAAAGGAGCAGGCCAAAGUCAAGAAGGCUUUGCAACAGAAAAAUGUUGAAUGUGCUCGAGUUUAUGCUGAGAACGCCAUCAGGAAAAAGAACGAAGGUGUGAACUGGCUGCGCAUGGCGUCCCGAGUUGAUGCGGUGGCCUCUAAAGUCCAGACUGCCGUCACCAUGAAGGGAGUGACUAAAAGCAUGGGCCAGGUGACCAAAGCCCUGGACAAGGCUCUGAACUCCAUGGAUCUGCAGAAGGUUUCUGCAGUAAUGGAUAAGUUUGAGAGACAGGUUCAGAACCUUGACGUCCACACCUCAGUGAUGGAGGACUCCAUGAGCUCAGCCAUGACGCUGACCACGCCCCAGGAGCAGGUGGACGACCUCAUCCACCAAAUAGCAGAAGAGGGAGGCCUGGAGGUGAUGGACCAGCUGAACCAGCUUCCUGCUGGAGCGACGUCGCUGGGCGGAGAGAGUUCCCGGAGCCAGGAGAAGGAGGACCAGCUGUCUCGGCGGUUGGCGGCUCUGAGGAACUGAAGGCGCUGCUGCAUGGAGGAGCAGGACGGCAGCAGCUAAAUGUUUCCAUUGAACCGUUUCUGCUGGGAGAACUUAAUGAGUUUGUUGAUUUUCCUCCUUCGGCCUAAAAAUAAACCACAGCAGCCAGGAAUAGCAUCAGCUUAACCUACUGGCUUCAUCGGUAUCUUCUUCACUCCAAUCACAGGAAUCUGGAUGCAAAUGUUGUAAAAUAUGUUUAUAUUGAUGAUCUGCAGCGCGGUUCUCAGACCAGAUGCUGAAAGCACCAAGGUUUAGUCCUCUUCCCUCCUCAGACUCAGACAAUCCUCCCAUUUCUCUUCUUUGGGGUUUAGUUCAGUUUCUUUCCUGCGUUCAGAUUUUCUGCUUUAAACGCCUUAUGUUGGGACGCAGCUGCUUCUUCCUCCAGUGCCUAGAAAGAGCAACCGGGAAUUUUCCUCACUCAGAAAUGGUUUUAAUCGGUUUUAAUAGUUAGCCGUCACAGGUGGAGUUCUGACUCGUUUAUGGAUCAGAACCAGAACCAGGAAGCGCUCCAGAUGAUCCUCUGCAGCGUCUCCGUUCUGAGGUUCUGAUCCGAUUGCAAUCUGGUUCCGGUCCGGUUCCUCUGUGAUUUAGAGGGAAGUUUCUGCUGUUUUGUUGCUCAUCUGUUUUAAUAAUGGAGGUUUUAUUUAAACUGUUCAGCACUUUUUGGUUUCUAUAUUUAUCUUGUAAAAUAAAGUUCUGCCCUCUGUUGUCCGUCA